AUGGAUGACCCAACAUUCAUGCUCUUGCAACUGCAAGAGAAUCUACAGUUCAUGAGGAUUGGCGCGCAUGUCCUCUCCUGCGUUACUCACGAUCAGAACGGAAAGCCUUACUGGACUUAUGUUCUUCUCACUUACGACAACUAUGGAAAUGUCCAAGACUACCAUGACCCCCUUGACGGACGUGCUGAAUGGUCUGACAACCCCCUGGAAGCGCUCAAACAGCUGCAUCUGAGAGUGGCUGAGUUUGUCACGAAGAGACUGACCCAUAACUGUUAUCCUCGCCUGAGAACGUUGGCCCAGCAGCGCCAUGAUGAGGAAGUUGAAGANCGAUUCUCCAGGCACGAGCCAUCACACUACCACAAGACCCCAUCGACCGCCACCUGCUACUUCUUCGUCUGCUCCGCAGCCCUCGUCAGANNACACCUCAAGUCGAAACUCUCUGAUGAUCCCCCAUCAUAUCAAACCCGGGCAUCGACUCAAGCUCGACGCUCUCGAACCUCCCCAGAAACGUUGUCUUCCGGUACCAGGAACGAGCUUCGCAAGACGCAAGGACUUGAGAAUGGACAAACAGUGCAUCUUCAGAAGCUGGGUCCCGCCCAUUUCCCUCAACCUUCUCCCGCGCUGGGCUCGGAAGCCUGGUCGUUCGAAGACACGAACUCGCACGCCAAAUCUACUAGAAUCCCCAAGGAUCCCGCCAACUUGGACCCACGAUUCUUUCGAGAAGACGAAGCAUUGGCUCAACUUGAUCGUAAUCAGUCAACCCGGAAGCACUUCUCUAAUGCUGGACUGGGUGUGAAGUCUUCAGUCUCUGAAAAGACAAAGCCGAUACAUCAGACCUCCAAUGUCAAUGCUUUCUCCAUUCCCUCAUACUCAAGACCCCAGCCACAGCAAGUCCGCGCAAGAACCGAUCUCUCAGGAGUCACACCAGGAAGCAAUGCGGUCCAAACUAACGCUCAAACCAGUAAACCUUAUCUCUCGAGCGCUGCAGAUGCCAAUCCUACAUCAACCAGUAGCGGUAUGCACGGCCUGCGCGUUCAAUCAGGCUCCAGCGUUCACCGUCCAGUGGACAUGGACACACUUCCACAACCGCUGCGCUCCAAUCCUCCCUUCCCAGGCAACUUCGUCACAGUUGUGAUGAACCCAGAGACCUUGACAGAUUUCGAAGAAUUCAGACGCGAUCGCGGAUCCAUCGACCCACUCACCCGUAUUUCACAAGAAGUAGCCUCAUUCUUCAACUCUGCUACCCAUGCCGCUGAUGAGGGCUUAGCUUCACUGGCCACAGAUCUUGCCAAGAGGUCUCCUAGCCAUGCUACUCUGCCGUCCUCUCCUGCUUCCGAUGAAACGGUUACUACAUACCCUGUGCAUCGUCAUCGUAGAGUCACACAGAAGCGCUACGGUAGCAACGAGACUGAUGAACCACUUCCACCUCCUGCGCCAUCUCCUCCGGCUAACGCUUACUACCCGUCCAAUGCCGCCAUGUAUCCACCUACUCUUGUGAGUUCGCGCUCGGAAGCUUCGGUACAGAGGGCUUCCAGCAACCAUGGAGGUAGAAACGCAAUGCUCUACCCCAGUGAUGAGAACAUGAGACGCCAUGUUUCCUUUCAUGAGGGAAGCGACUCAAGCAUGCCCAGUGUUGUGAGACAUGCACCCAUCCAAACUGACUACACCAGUGAAGAGGAACUGCUUGCCAGAAGAGGUGGAGACGGAGCAGGAACCAGACGUCCUUCACAGAACCAGCAGCAAGGUGAGCGAGUUCACAGAGCUCCUCUUGUAUCCAGAACUAGAAGAGCCCGCGACACGCUCAAGGAAGUGCGCAGGAAAGUCAGCGACACCGUUCGUGGCAGACGCUUCAAUUCGAUGCCCUAA